GGUUAAAUAGAUUUUAUGAAGAAGGGGAAGAAGAUGUCGGAUCUUCCAAGGGAUAUCGAGGAAGAGGUGCUGUGUCGAGUUCCGUUGACAUCUCUGGGACUUGUCCGAUCUACUUGCAAAAGGUGGAACAUGUUGUCCAGAUGCGAUCACUUAUUUGCGAACAAGCACCUUGCUCAUCUAGCAGCAGAAGCAGCAAAGAAGAAGGACCACCCUCUUGUGGUUACGAUGAUGAAUUAUAGGGUUGAGUUGAUGAGAUUGGAUCUUUCCAACGAAGACAAAGUUGUUGUUGUAAAUCCUGAAGCUAAACUUGCUGGCCUAGAUCAAAUCGAUGUGCGUGAAAUCUUUCAUUGCGACGGUUUAUUGUUAUGCAUUCCCAAAGAAGACCACUAUAGGCUAUUGGUUUGGAAUCCCUAUUGGGGGCGGGGGCAACCCAGGUGGAUCGAGCACACACAUAAUCACGACUUAGUGGACACGCAUCUCUUUGGUCGUUUGGACAGGUAUUCGUAUGGUCUCGGAUACAACAAUAGUUCCCAGUACAAAAUCCUGAGAUUUAUUGAUUAUCCCCCAAAUUUCGUUGAGUUCAAAAUCUACGACUUCAACUCUGAUUCAUGGAGGAUUCUUGAUCUCCCUCCUCGUCCAGACAACUGGAAUAUAAAACUUGAUGAACGCGGGCUAUCUUUGAAUGGCAAUACCUACUGGUUUGCAUCAGAAGCUUUGAAUUUUGAUGCCAUUUGUUUCUUAGUCUGUUUUGAUUUCACAACAGAGACAUUCUCCCCGCCUUUGCCUCUCCCCUUUGAGGCUUUCCCUGACGAUACUUUGAUUCUAUCAUCAUCAUCAUCAUCAUCAUCAUCUAGUGUUGGAGGAGAAUAUCCUCCUCAGCUUGUGGUUUUAUUCCAGUCUAUGGAUACAUUGGAGAUGGAGAUCUGGAUUUCCAAUACGACCGAGAAGCCCAACGCAGCCCUGUCCUGGAACAGCAAGGUUUUCUUAUCGGCCAAUAUCAAACAACUCAUUCACCCCCAUUAUAAUUUUCUUCGGAAAUCUGCGUGUUUCUUCAUUGACCAGGAGAAGAAAGUGGCGGUGGUUUUUGAUAAAAACGCCCGUAUGGGUGCCGCCACUCGUGAUAUGGCUUACAUCUUUGUUGGAGGAGGAGUGGAUGAUGAGAAGAAAGCAAGAAGCGUGUUUACCAGAGCUCCCAGACUUUCAAUUGUCAUUGAGACCGGAAGAGUUUGA